CUACCAUCACUGAUUUUGUGUAUAUGAACGGAAAAAGACACAUACCAAAAAAGAAUUAAAUUCCAAUUGAAAUUUGCAAAAAUACAAAACGACAAAGUAACAUGAAUUGACGGAAAGUUGUUUUUAAUAUUUUGCCACAAUUUAAUAACACCAAAUCCUCAAAUCAUUAGAUAAAAGUGUAAAGGAAAAUAUUCGUGAAAAAUAGCAGCAAAGAGGAAAUAAAAAUAUUUUGUGGUGUUCAUCUGCUUUUUUUCUGCUGCUUCUAAAAAAGUAAAAAAAGUGUGACACACACCAAUACACUAGUGAAAAUCAGCGCAUAUUUUUGCGUAUAUAUUUUAUUAAGAAGAAAGUGAAAAAUAAAGCAAAAAUAAAAAGCAAGGAAAAAAGCGAGUCGUAGAAAAAAUUCUCAACUAAAAUCGUCAUAUUAAUAAGGAGGAGUACUUAAGCAACAAACAAAAUGGGAAAUGAAACUUCUCUGCCAAUGGAGAUGUGCUCCAACUUCGAUGCCGAUGAAAUUCGUCGAUUGGGUAAACGUUUUCGCAAACUCGAUUUAGAUAAUUCCGGUGCCUUGAGUGUCGAUGAGUUUAUGUCAUUGCCAGAAUUACAACAGAAUCCCCUGGUGCAACGUGUCAUUGACAUAUUCGAUGCGGAUGGUAAUGGUGAAGUAGAUUUUAAGGAAUUCAUACAAGGAGUCUCACAAUUUAGCGUUAAAGGCGAUAAAUUAUCAAAGUUACGUUUUGCAUUUCGUAUAUAUGAUAUGGACAAUGAUGGCUACAUAUCAAAUGGUGAACUGUUUCAAGUCUUAAAGAUGAUGGUGGGCAAUAACCUGAAGGAUACACAAUUACAACAGAUUGUGGAUAAGACAAUUUGUUUUGCCGACAAGGAUGAGGAUGGCAAAAUUUCAUUCGAUGAAUUCUGUUCGGUGGUUGGUAACACAGACAUACACAAAAAAAUGGUUGUUGACGUUUAAAGAUAAAACGUCGCUUUUAUAUUACUUACUUAAUUAAAAAAAGAGAAAACAAAGAAGAAAAAAAAAACAAAACAAAACAAAACCAGAAAACUGAAAAACUGAUAAACAACUCCCCUUUGAACCAACUCCAAAUUGUCCUUAAAUCCCUAGCAAAGUAAAUUCUCUUCCUCUUUCCUGCCGACCCCAAAACAACUUCUCCCACUAUCUCAACACCAAUAUCACCUUUAUUAUCAUAUAAUCAUCAUUUCCAUCAUUGUCAUAAACAAAAACAACAACAACAACAACAACAUCAUCACUGAACGUUUUGCGUCGUUCACUUUAAAAUGAUAUACUUAACUAAUAUUUAUAUAUAUACAUAUAUUUUAAAUCGUUUAUUUUUCGUUGUUUCCUCUUCCUCUAAGGGAUAAAGUUUAACAUUUACUUUUAGAAAAAUUUAUUAUAUUUGAAAAUUUAAGAAAGGAUACAAUCAAUUUUUAUAGUUUUUUUUUUACAUACCUCUACAUUUAAAAUGUUUCCAAGUUCUCUUUGAAUAACACACAAAACUUAAGCUGUAAUUUAUUUUUCUAAAAUUUUUUGAACUUUUUAAACUCAAUAUCUAAUGCUGUUUUCUUUCGUUUAACUCAUCUGCUACCCUCCCCUCUCAAGUUGCCUUUGUUUUCUUUUCUUAUAUUCUUUAUUCUAUUCUUCAGAAAUUACAUAUAUUUUUUUAUUUAUUUGUUUAAAGAUUUUUUUUUUUGCUUUUUUAAGAUUAAGUUUGUUAAAGUCUUUAUAAUGAUUUCCCAAAACAAUACAACAAAAACAAAGAAAUAAAAUAAAACCAAUGUUAAAGAAAAACCAACAACAACAUGAAGAGAGCAUAACUUUUUUUAAUACCAACAAAACAACAAAAAGCUUAAAAUACGACAAACUGAGCAGCAACAUGGCGUACAGUAAUUUACUUUAUAAAACAAAUUUAAAAUAAACAAAAUAAAAGCAAAACAAAAACAAAAAGAACAUGGACAUGAACAUGAACAUUAACUUCCAAGUAAUGAAGAAGAAGAAGAAGAGUAUUACCGUGAAAAUAAGCAAACAACAAGCAUAAUAAAAAACACAAAUCUAAACUUAACAAAAAAAACCAACUAAAAUAGAUCUAAAUAAACAUUUUAACUAAUCUACAACAA